AUGAAUGUGGCACGCGAAUAUGCAGAUGCUGUUACAUCCCAGCCUGCAGAUUACUGUGACUAUGCCCACUACAAUUUUGAAUAUGGUUCUCGAGACAGAUAUGAACUUAUCGCUUCUGUAGGGCGUGGAAAGUUCAGUGAAGUUUUUAAAGCAUAUGACAGGAAAACGGGUGAAUACGUUAGCAUUAAACAGUUGAAGCCUCUGAAUAGGCAAAAAAUGAAAAGAGAAAUCAAAGUAAUGGAUAUCUUAAGAGGAGGUCCCUCGAUUUUACCAUUGCUGGAUAAACUCCGAAAUCCAUACGAAGAUACUCCCAUCUUAGUAACAAAGUGGGUGGAAGCGCUGCCUUAUCGUAAAUACUGGUCAUCUCUCAGUGACUACGAACUGCGUUACUACUUUUAUCAGAUUCUAAUCGGUCUGGACUACGCACAUAGUAAAGGCAUCAUGCAUCGAGACUUAAAACCCGGAAAUGUACUUUUUGAUUACACAACGAAAGAGGUUUUUAUCAUCGACUGGGGCCUCGCGUCCUUCUACAACCCACAGCUGCCCAGCAAUGUGCGUGUGAGUACUCGCAACUACAAAGGCCCCGAACUGCUCCUCAACGACGAGUACUACAACUACUCGGUGGAUAUGUGGUCCUUCGGCUGCAUUGUGGCCGGAAUGGUCUUCAAUCGGCUUCCCUUCUUCCGUGCUCACGGCAAUGACGACCAGCUCCGUGUGAUCGUGAACGUUCUGGGCACCACCGAGCUGCACCGGUACAUCCAGAAGUACAAUCUGCAGGUGAACGAAACGCUCAUCGCGAGUUUGGGGAGCUGUCGACGUCGCGAUUGGUCGGAAUUCGCGUCUGGAAUCGAUUCGAGCCACAUCUGCACGGAGUUGUUCGACCUGCUGGACAAUUUGCUGAUUUAUGACCACCAGAAACGGUUCACAGCGAGGGAGUGCAUGCAGCAUCCCUAUUUCCGAGAGGUGAGGGAGCGGCUGAAAGGAGGAGUGCUGCAGAAGAGCGUGGAGUCGAGAGAGAAUCGAGUAGAAAUGAAGAGAGAAAUGAACAAAAAGGAAUUAUUGGGGAAUUUGCGCAGUUUGAAACGAGGACUCGAGGAGAGGGCCAAGGCGGAGGUCGCCAAUGGGGAAUAUCAGCUGGUGUCGACGAUCUGCGAAACGUUGAAGGUAGUGGAGGCUGAGGGGUGCGAGAUUAGAUGA